AUAAUGACGAUUUCAUGCAAAUCUUAUUGCUUUUCUGGUAUCGUGACCUUGUUGUAUUUCUUUUUAUUGGUUUCACUCGUUGUACACACUUUUGCUUCUCCUAUGCUCAACCGUUGCCGUCAUGACCAGAGGGAUGCACUUAUGGAGUUCAAACACGAGUUUCCGGUAAAUGAAUCCAACUCAAGUCCAUAUUCUAUAAGUUCAUGGAACAAGAGUAGUGAUUGUUGUUCUUGGGAGGGUGUAACCUGCGAUGAUAAAUCUGGUCAAGUGAUUUCACUUGAACUUCGUUACAUCCCUCUUAACAACUCUUUGAAACCAAAUAGUGCUCUUUUCAAACUCUUCCAUCUCCGUAACCUAACUCUUGGAGGUUGCAAUCUCUAUGGAGAGAUUCCUUCUUCAUUAGGAAACCUUUCUCAUCUCACACAUCUUGACCUUUUAGAUAAUCAUUUAGUGGGUGAAGUUCUGGCUUCAAUGGGAAACCUACCCCAACUAAGAUUCCUACGCCUUGGCAGUAACAAGUUCAGUGGAAACAUUCCUCUUUCAUUUGCCAACUUAACAAAGCUUUCCCAUUUAGACAUCUCAAGAAAUCAAUUCACUGGUGAAAACUUUCCUCUUGUACUCCUAAACCUAACCACAAUUGGAAGGCGAGAUACCAGGUUGGUUAGGUGGCGUGUCGACGCUGAAGCUUUCUCACAACUCUUUCACCAGUUUUGA